AUGGAUUGGGACAACCUCAUCUUCAAUAUAGGCGUCUUCAUCGCCGGUAUCUUUGUCCUUGAUUAUGGCGCCGACACAUUCAUUGACCAUACCGUCAUCGUCGGCCGCUCCCUGGGGGUUUCGCAAACUAUUAUUGCCUUGCUGACGGCAGGGGCAGAUCGCACUCCCCUGGCCUUGGGCAACCUCAUGGGCUCGAGCAUCUCCAACGUCCUGGGCGCAUUUUCGCUGGGUCUACUCUUCCAUCCGACUCGAAUUGAAUUUGACCGGAGUGCCAAAAUAUAUGCUGCAGCGCUUCUCGCGGUGACGACGCUGUUCGUGCUGCUGGCGUUCUUCAACCAGUUGAACAAGAUAGUCGGGGGCUUUCUGAUCGCUUUGUUUGUCCUCUAUGUUGUUUCAAUCUUCUAUGCCAUCUACAGAGGUGUUGCAGCGGCACCUGGGCUCUCGGACAGCGACAGUGACGCAGAGUCGAUCGAUGAUGUGGUGGAUUCUGUCACUGAAGCAACUCCCUUGAUAGAGCCUCAGUCCGGUCAAACCCCAGGGCGGUCGACAAGGAGCCUUCUGUACCACAUCAGCCGUCUAUUUCUUGGCAUCGUCGCGCUAUCAUUAGCCGGAUAUCUUCUGUCGCAUAGUGCCGUGAGCAUCGCCGACUCCCUACACCUCUCCGGAACAGUCUUCGGUCUGACAAUUGUGUCGUUCGCCACCACCUUGCCUGAGAAGCUUAUUGCAGUCCUCAGCGGGUCUCGCGGACAUGUCAACCUCAUGGCUGCUACUACCGCGGGAAGCAAUAUCUUCCUCUUAACUCUCUGUGCCGGCGUGGUGGCGCUUGCUGGUAGUACACGAAAUCAAUCAGACACGUUCGUCUUGUUCGAUCUGAUUACUGUGUGGAUGUCAUCCUUGGUCUUCUUCUUGGUGGUUAUCCUUGGCCUGGGGAGGGUAGCCGGUGUGAUACUCCUGGCUGCGUAUCUGGCAUUUUUAGCGCUUGAGUUUACUGUCUACAGAAGAUAA